GAUGGAUUGAACAAUAGCACCAAUUUGAUGGAACAAUUUCAAAUCGCUGUCCGAUUUAAAACCCAAACUUGCCAGUGGGCCCAAGACAACCGGGUGAAGUGUACAAGAGCAACUGGGACCAAAAUGCCAUAAAUUCUGUCUUUUUCAUUGAACAUCAAGAAGUUUAAUGCCAUCCGGGUUUUGAUAUCAUCCAGACAAAACAACAGUAGCCUUAAGAAGAAACGCGAAACUGUUCAAAUGCUGGAAAAAAAAAAAAUUCUUGUAUUAAAAUCGACGAAACCAAACUAUGGCUUUGCAGUCAAAAUGGAGGUUCCCGAAACUGUCCUAUCCUUUGCAUGUAAACGAUUGCCUGUUAAAAUAGGAGGCAAGGCAGAUUUAUUUAUGUUGUGCAUUUUAUGUGCCAGAUAAUUUGGUGUGUUUCAAGUAAGAGUACAACAUUUAAAGGUGUUCACAGACAAAGGAGUUGGCCAUUUAUAAGCCAAGUAAAGAAAUAAAAGGAGGACACGCGCAGUCGCGCAUGUAAACGGCUUCUCCAACAUCAUUUGCGCACUAAUUUCUGUUACACAGUACUGUUUCAUGAAGCCUGACUCAGUUUUACCCAUUGUGGUUUUUAGUGGUCAGGUUUCCACGUCAGAAUCGUAUUGUGAAACGCUGCUGAAACCACAACAACCACACUGACGACAUCAGUUAGAAUGUGUCAUGCUCACAACGACAACGGCAAGGAGAACAAGAGUCUCCUAUAUUCAUUUAACAGCGUGAGGCUGUUUAGCGAGCUGCUGCAGCAAAGUAGAGACUACACAGCCACAGAUUAAGCUAAUGUUAGUAUCUGUAUUUAUUUCAUAUGAUCCAACUUGUAUUUUCCUGUGUGCAAGCACAAGCGAUCAAUAAGUCAUAAAUCAGAUUGCAACAUGCCAACAAAUCGGUGGCUUCAGCACAGCAACUUUUCAUGUUUCCUGAAACAAUGAUAUGCUACCACGUGGGCUGCGCUUAUUUAGACCUGGUAUAAAUACAGAAAGCAAAUAUACGGUAUAACAGUAUAAAAAUAGAGUUUAGAGACUGACUGAUAUGAUGCAGGUAUAUUUUUUUAAAAUUGUAUCCUUUGCGAUUUGAAAACUACAAAGCAAUGUCCAUUUGAAUAAUUGUUCAGCUCUAUUGUCUGGUUUUGCAAAGAUCACCCAGAUGUUUUGCAUAAUGAAGAAAGCGGUGAUACAAAAUGAUUUUUUUUUUUCAAGUUCAAGUGGAAGCCUUUAAAGACAGAUCAUUCAUUUUUCAGGUCAGAAAGUUAAAAAUGUUGGCCCGAUAGUGGAAGAUAGCCGUGAUGAGCAUUGGAACCUCCCUAAGACACUCCUUAAGAAGGCUCAUAGUGGAGCGACGCAAGCAACCAAGGAAAUCAGCAAGUGCUCAAACCUGUUUUUUUACUCAUGAACUUCUCCCACUCACAGUUAGUCAAAUACAGUAAAUGCUGUAAGGAGGACAGAAAUGUCGACGUGACGCUCCUCAUGCAACUUUCUUUUUGUGGGCAGCUGCAAUAGGUGCCAAAGAAGCUUCCUCGUCAUGUCAAGCCCCAACCCAUGACCAAGCUCGGAAAAUUCUCCCCACCGCACCUCAUUCGGAACAGCCGCUGUGGAGCGGAGCCAAAAAGUCCUUGUGAUGUGAAACAGUCUCGCCCAAAUCUCAUGAAAACUGUCAGAUAAGAGCGAGCAGAUCAUAUGCUAAUGAACUCUGGAAAAGGAUUUCUGUUCUCAGCCUGGCACCGGAGAGUGCCAGAGGACGUUAACUGAAGCUGAACUGUGACUGUGGAACUCUCAGUCAGUCCCAAUGACGACUGUUCAUUUUAAGCUGCAUGAUCAAGCAGAGAUACUUUAGCUGCUCCUUCACAACAGGGAGGCCUGAGACUAAGUGGUUGCCUGGAAAUUCUUGUAGACCUCUAACAUAAUGUCUGUCACAGAUGAGUUGUCGAUAAACUGAUUUGCCUGUUCCUCAUCACAAAUACAAGACACUGUCUUCACUUUAAUGGGGGGACUUGGGGGGGGCUGUCAAGUCCUUUCCUGUGAAGGACAGUGUUAUGGCAGCAGGACAUUCCUCUUUAAUCGCAUUGUCUGAGGAAAAUGUGUUGUGCUGGCAGAUGCUAUCCUCGCACUAAUUUUGCUUCAUAACAGGAAGAGGAUGCAUUUUGGACAUGUCAAAAGCAGCAGCAUCGCGGAAAUUCAUGGUCUGUCUGGUCAUUGUUAUAUAACUUGCUCAGUAGUAAUUGUGUUAGUGUGCCUUUACAGUAAAGCACGGAAAAAAAAGAAAAGCGAAAGCAGGUGAGCAAGUCCAGAAACCCUGCAUGAGAGUCGAUUUUAUCCAGAGGGGAUUUCUCUUCCCCAGAUGGUGUCAGCCAAGUCUACCCACAACGAGCCUAAACAGCACAAUGCGCGCACCCGCCGUGUUGUUGUUCCAAGACGUGUGGGCUCGGAGCCUAUGUCGAACCAUCGAGAAGCUGGUGGAGGUGGUGCAGGAGUACCCGUCAGAGGUGGAGCACAUCUACAGCCCUGCUUGUGUGCCUCUGGUGAGGUGUGCGGGCUGCUGUGGCGAUGAGAAGCUCGAGUGCCACCCCACCAUCACAACUAACAUCACAAUGCAGCUGCUGAAAAUAAGGCCAGCAGAGCUUGGAGAGGAAUAUGUUGAAAUGACCUUUGUGGAGCAUCAGACAUGUGAAUGUAGAGUCAAAAAACCUGUUGGGAAGGUUGAAAGGAAAAGGCAAAGAGGUAAAGGACGGAGGCGAAAGGAGAAGCAAAAAACAAAAGACUGUGACAGGUGCCAGAUCCCUCGAAGGUAACUGCAGCAGCCAGCCAAAGUCUUGCUGCAGUGUGGCUCGCUAAUUAUUUCCAGCCCAUUGACAGCAUCAAGCGUCUCUUUUCGCUCUCUUUCAACACUGAGUGUACAGCAGGAGACUCCAAACAGCUGGGUUGUGAAGACAUGCCCACCUGGUGAUGAGCAAAGCGUUUGUGAUGACAGAAAAUGUGCUUUCGUUGCUGGAAAGCUUGCCGUGACACUGUUGAUAAAAAGGACACACACCUGGGAGCCAAGUGCAAUGUAGGAACAAACAGACUGAUUACACUUGUUAUCACUGUAUCAGGUAUGGUCAUUGUUACAUUUCUUUGGUAUUUAAAGUUUGUUACUUGUGUUUAAUAUCUAUAUUUAUUGACAGAAACGCCAGAAUAAAAAUGGACCAAAAAUAUGGUUUGUCCAAAUUUGUCUUGACUCAAAACUGUGUUCCAAGUAAAAUGUCUCCCUCCAGUGUCUGUAAGAACAAACAGUGCUGAUGAGCGAGAUGGACUCUCAUGACUCACGGUCAUGCUCUACGUCACAUGACUGGACACUGAACAUUUUAUUUUUAAUUCUGACCUAAAUGAUAAAUGUUUAUCAAUGAAACAAACCGAUGUUCCAACACCAUUUUGCAUAAAUAAACGUGAUUUGUGAAAUUGUAA